AUGGUGUACCAGCCAGAGAUCGUCCCUUCGAGCCAGCAAGGACAGGCAUUGCAGGCGCGUACAGCACCGGUCACUGGUCCAUGCACCCCGUCGUCCCCUCACCCCCUCACCCCCACUGACUCUCCCACUCUCCCACCACACAGGCCGCGAUCCAAAAGCAGUUGGCCUUCCUCGGCUGGAGCACCGAGGAUGAUACCGUCAUGGCGCAAGUCGCACCUCAACUCACUUAGUCCUGUGUUCGCCUUUUGGAACUAAACCCCCUUCCUUCUCACACAGUGAAUACUGCUUGGUCAUGCUCGGUAACCGCAAGACCGCAGGUCAGUCCACCCCUCGGUCGUCAUCGUGACCCCACGCUCACGCUCACUCGAACCCACUCCCACACCCGCAACAGCCCAAAUCUCGACCGAACUGUCCGACCUGAUCGGGUCCGACUUUGACGAGUCCUUUGUCAGCUGGCUCUUUGCCGAACUCAAGUCCCACUACCCGGACCCGGCUUCCAAUCCCGAAGCGGCUACCCCCGCCGCCUCCGCUGCUCCUCCUACCCCUGGCGCCGCGAUUCCCCCUUCGUCAGCGAACCCCUCCGCCGGCUCGGACUCGUCUCGACCUGCCGUCGGCAUCCGUGGCCAUGCCUCGAUCCCCGCUCGCCCUGGAGCUGUCUUUGGCCACGCCGUAUCGGGCAUCAAGCGAGACUCGCGUGACAUGGACGGAGGCGUACCCUCCGGACCUAGGGACGUGCAGCGACCUCGCUUCGAUCAUACCGGCGUCCCAUCCGGACCGAGGAAUCCCAAUGGACCUGGAGCGGGAGGUCGAGGUGGUCGCAUGAACGGAGCAGGAAAUGGUGCAGGCUCGUUGAUGAACCGCAUGGGCCCGAGUCAGGCGAGAAACAACCCGAUGCCACCUCAGAACGCCAUGGGUAUGCCCCCGCAGGCUUUCGAAGCAGUAAGCCCCUCGUUUCGCUCGUUCAAUGGUGACGGGGUUACUUACCCACUUUGGUUUUAUGCAGAUUGCUCAAACGAUCGAGGCCGUCAAGCGAGGCGCUCACCCUUCGGCCCUCGCCGCGAUCCCUUACCCCGCCCUUGCCUCGCACCCUCUGGCCGCGACACUACCACCCCAGAUCAUGGCCCAAGCGCAAGCUCACGCCAUUGCUCAGGCUCAGGCUUUCGCGGCCAUGUCGAACGCUUGGAACGUUGCUCCCAACGCGGGCCCAGCAGCAACAGGAGGCUUCAAUCCGGCCGCAGCUCCUUUCCACCCUGGAGCCGCUGGAUUCGGUGCUCCUCCGCCUGCCCAACAACAACACCGCCCCCGCCACCCCGCCCAGCCUCCUGUGCCAAAGCAGAUCGCCGUCGUGCUGCCGAGCAAACCGAGCGAAGAGGCCAUCUGCAAGCAUGGCGUCGAUUGCUCCAAGCCGCAAUGCCCUUACUCGCACCCUAGCCCCGUCGCGACCAAGGAAUCGGGUCUGGUUCUUUCGAGCGAGGCGUGUGAGAAGCAAGUUGCUUGUGCUGAUCCCGUAAGUUUACGUGAAUGCCUCAUACCUCGGGAAGCCACACGCAAACUGAACCCCAUCCACCGCUCCGCAGGACUGCCCGAAAUCGCACGUCUCGCCCGCGCAAAAGACCUCGCCGCCUACGAACACCUCGACGAACUUUGCCGGUCAAACGACCUUCAUCCCCACCCCCGCACCUCAGGUCGCGCCCGUCCUCCCUUCCUCCGAAGCUUCAUCGACCCUUGCCGGCGCAGGGGAGAAACCGUGCAAGUUCGCGGGAAGUUGUACCCGCCCUGGAUGCGUGUUUGUUCAUCCUUGGGAUAACCCUUCGACUGGAGGUUCUAUGCCCUGUAGGUAUGGACUGGGCUGUACGAGAGCGGAUUGUCAUUUCUCGCAUCCGCCUGGGAGGAGGAUCGGCGGAGGGGGUGCAGCAGGUGCAGGAGCGAAGAGGAACGUUUCGGCUACUUUCUCGAACAAGACGUUGGGGAAACCGAGCGCGACGACGAAGAAAGAGGGUGGGAUUGGCGCUUGGCCCACGGAGGACAAGGAACAUAUCUCGGAGAGGUUGAAGAGGUUCGCUGGAGGGGAGGCACAGUCGAAUGGAACGACGACGACGACGAAUGGUGAAGGGGUGAAGAGUGAAGAGGAGGGGAAGACAGAGACGAUCAUCCCUGGUCAGACGAGUCAGGAACAACAGGAUCAGGUCGAGAUCAAGGGCUUGGAAGCGGAACCUCAACAAGCCAAGGUUGAGUAA